UGCCAGCAGAGCUACCGAUGCUCACUGGAGCCGGAACCGCCAGGGGAGAUUUGGCCCAGGCAGCGGUCCCCGGGCACGGAUCUGCUGGCAGCAGGGAAGGGAUCAAAGAGCGAAGGCGCCAGCACCUGCUCGCACCGCUGGCGGUGACACCCACGCGCUGGCGGGAAGCCAGGCCACCAGCACCUGGCUGUGCGGCCGUCCCUGGGGCUGGCAGCGAGCGUGGGCAUGAGGGCGGGACGCUGGUGGCGAUGCUCCUUCCAGCUGGGGACCGUCACCGUGCCAGAGCCCGGCAGCUUCAGUGCUUGCCAGGAUCACCCGCUGGGGCGGGAAGGGGUGGCCAGCGGGCGACGUGGCGCAUCCCUCCCGCGCCGUUUUUUCCGGGAUGGAAGCCCGGCCCUUCUGACGCCUGAUGGUUUCUCCAGGCGGAGCUGCUGCCUGCGAGGUCCCUGCAGGGCUCCGGGGCUGGGGUGACAGUGACGUCACCUGGCCACCUCACCAUGCCAAACCGAGAGCAGCACCAGCUGAAAAGGUCCCAGUUGGGUGGAGGGAAACUGAGGCAGGGUGCUGGCACAGCACAGGAAGGUGCCCACUGUGCAGGGUUAGGCAUGGCAUCCCUGUCCCCUGGCAGGCUGGGACAGUGGGGACAGGGAUGCCGUGCCCGAUCCUGUGGGGGCCACCCAGCCCAAAGUCCUGCUGCAGUGCCUGGGCAAAGUCUUACAGCAGAGUAACCCCUGCCAUACCGGUGCCAGCGGCUCCGCAGCCCUCCAACCCCCUCCCCUCACUAUCCCUGUCCCCCUUGCCACCCAUGAUGCUGGGCUGGCACUCAGCACCGUGGCACAGCCAGGAGGGGAACAAGCGCUGGCCACCAGCCUGCCAGCACGCCGGUGUGCCCAGGCUGGCAGCAGGAGGGUUACCGGCAGUGAGACAGAAGGGCAUUGUCCAGGCACCCUGCCUGGCACGGCUGCUCCUGCCUGCUGCUGGCCUGCCUGUGCCUGCCUGCCACGCUCCCACUGCCUGUUGAACCCACCUGCACUUGCACCUGCCCAGCCUGCACCCACUGCCGGGCUGCCGGCACCUGCUGCCACCCUGCGACUGCUGCCAGCCUGCCUGCACCCACUGCUGGCCUGCCUGCACCUGCUGCCCACCUGCCUGUGCUCACUGCCGGCCCACCUGCACCGGCUGCCUGCCUGCACCCCCUGCCUCCCCACUUACCCUGCACCUGCCUGCAUCCCCUGCCUGCCUGCACCCCCUGCCUCAUGCUGGACCUGCCUUCCUGGACUCCUGCACCCGCAGCUGUGGGGCCGCCAGCCAGACCCCAGCCAUGAGCCGCACGCUGCUCCUGCUCCUGCUCCUGCUGCGCAGCACCGCCGCCGCCGCCGGUCACCCCCCGCCUGCUGCCACCCCCCGCCUCAAGCUGGCCUUCCCCGCAGAGCUGCAGGCUCGCCACGGGCUGCGCCUCUUCGCGCUGGAGCGCUCAUGCUGCUAUGAGGCCCUGCUGCUGGACGAGGAGCGUGGCCGCCUCUUCGCUGGUGCCCAGAACCACCUCCUCUCCUUGGCCCUGGAUGACAUCAGCCAGAGGGACAGGAAGAUCUACUGGCCGGCGCCAGUGGAGUGGAGGGAAGAGUGCAACUGGGCAGGCAAGGACAUCACUGCUGAGUGCAUGAACUUUGUGAAGAUCCUGCACCCCUACAACCGGACCCACCUGUAUGCCUGUGGCACCGGUGCCUUCCAUCCUGUUUGUGCCUUUGUGGAGGCUGGCCAGCACGCAGAGGAGCCCGUCUUCAAGCUGGACCCCCGGCGCACUGAGGAUGGCAAGGGGAAGAGCCCGUAUGACCCCCGGCAUACAGCUGCCUCCGUCCUCGUGGGCGAGGAGCUCUACUCUGGGGUGGCCACCGAUCUGAUGGGCCGUGACUUUACCAUCUUCCGCAGCCUGGGCCGGCGUCCCUCCAUCCGCACUGAGCAGCAUGACUCCCGCUGGCUCAACGAGCCCAAGUUCGUGGCCGUUUUUUGGGUGCCGGAGAGCGAGGACCCUGACGAUGACAAGAUCUACUUCUUCUUCCGUGAGACUGCGGUGGAGCGGCAGCAGGGGCUGGGCAAGACCAGCUUUGCCCGCAUUGGCCAGAUCUGCCGGAAUGAUAUGGGUGGGCAGCGCAGCCUGGUGAACAAGUGGACAACCUUCCUGAAGGCUCGGCUUGUCUGUGCUGUACCAGGACCUGACGGGGCAGACACCCACUUUGAUGAGCUCCGGGAUGUUUUCCUGCUGCAGACAAGGGACAAGCGCAACCCCCUGGUCUACGCCGUCUUCUCCACCUCCAGCUCUGUUUUCCAGGGCUCUGCUGUCUGUGUUUACACCAUGGCUGACAUCCGCCGGGCUUUCCUGGGCCCCUUUGCUCACAAAGAAGGUCCCAACUACCAGUGGGUGUCGUACCAGGGGCGCGUGCCAUACCCCCGCCCGGGCAUGUGCCCCAGCAAAACCUUUGGCACCUUCGGCUCCACCAAGGACUUCCCAGACGAAGUGAUCCAGUUCGCCCGGCACCACCCACUGAUGUACAACCCAGUGCUGCCACAUGGCCAGCGUCCCCUCUUCCUGCAAGCCGCCAUGCCCUACACCUUCACCCGCAUCGCCGUGGACCGUGUCACCGCUGCUGAUGGGCACUACGAUGUCCUCUUCAUCGGCACAGAUGUGGGCACAGUGCUGAAGGUGGUCUCGGUGCCCAAGGAGAGCUGGCACCACAUGGAGCCACUGCUGCUGGAGGAGCUGCAAGUCUUCCAGGAUGCCUCCCCCAUCACCAGCUUGCAGCUCUCCUCCAAGCGGCAACAGCUCUAUGUUGGCUCAACUACGGCGCUGGCCCAGCUGCCCCUGCACCGCUGUGGCGCCUAUGGCAAAGCCUGCGCCGAGUGCUGCCUGGCCCGGGACCCGUACUGUGCCUGGGAUGGCACUGCCUGCACCCGCUACGUGCCCAACACCAAGAGGCGUUUCCGCCGGCAGGAUGUCCGCAACGGUGACCCCAAUGUGCUCUGCUCCGAAGACCCCCGCCGGGGCAGCGUACCCCAGAAGCAGCUCUAUGGGGUGGAGGGCAGCACCGCCUUCCUGGAGUGCAUCCCCAAAUCCCUGCAAGCCCGUGUCUUCUGGAUGUACCAGCGCACCCCAGAUGACCCCCAGCGAGAGGUGCAGAUGGAUGAGCGGGUGGUGCGGACAGAGCGGGGUGUCCUGCUGCGCAGUGUGCAGCGUGCUGACGCCGGCCUCUACCUCUGCCACGCCACCGAGCAUGGCUUCACCCAGCCCCUGCUGCGGCUCUCCCUGGAGGUGAUCAGCGCCAGGCAGGCAGCAGGCAUGGCGCCUGACGGAGACCUCCAGCUCAUCGCUGGCCCCGCUGGACGCAAGGUCUGGUACAGGGACUUCCUCCAGCUGGUGGAGCGCCCGCCGCUGGGGGCUGCGGACAGAGUCUGCCAGCGGCUCUGGAGCCGGAGAAGACCCCCCCCGCCCCCCCGCGCCCAAGCUGGACCCCCCAGCCGUGGGCAGAGUGAGGAGCUGCGCAAAGCCCGACACCGGCGCACCCAUGAGGGGCCGCGGGCCGAGCGGGGCCCCCGCAGCGCAUCCCCCUGGUGACCCCGGGGCCAGCCCCGGGCACCGGGCUCUGCCUAGGAGCGGGGCCGCGGGCAGGGGCAAAGCCCCCCACUGGCCUCGGCCGCCCCACCGGCAGCACCGGAGCUGGGCGUGGCAGCGGCUGGGGGCUGCAGCUCCAGGGCCAGGAGGGCAGCCGGGCUGAUCACCAACCCUGAGGGGCUGCUGGCCACCCUUGUCACCAGCUCCAGCACUGGUGGGGACACCCAGCCGGCUGCUGGCACCGCAGAGCCACCAAAAUAUUUAUUAACGGCUGUUACGGAUGAAUGUAAACCUGCCCCGGUGGGAGGGCAGCAGGGCCAGGCUGUGCUCCCCUGGGCAUGGUGCCGAGGGGGUUGGGGCAGCAGGGCCACCCUCGGGUCCCAGAGAGCUGCAGGCAGGAACGGGACUCUGGAGGGGCAGGACAGGCGCUGGCGGGACGCUGGAGGCCCGGCAGGAGGAGGGGUGCCCAGAGCAGAGAUGUGGGGGGGCACAGAGGUAGUGCCCAGUGCCCCUGGUGCAGAGCAGCAGCGCGAGGGGGCUUGUACUAAUUGAGCACAAUAAAGCAGAGGAUUCA